AUAGGAAAAGAACGAGUUGCUCUAGCCCUCUUCUCUCUCUAUCUGAAGCAAGGAGCAGAAGGCACUUCGAACCAGUCAAGAGCACCCUUCACUAGUUCCGUUCUUCGAUGCCCUGUGCCUACGACUAGGGGAAAGCGCCGAGCUACACGGUCGCGGCGGCGGAGACAAUGUACGGCGGCGCCAGCGACGGAGAAGGUAUCGGCGUCGGCCACGAUGCUGGUGCGCCGAAGAAGAUCCCGUCCGCGUCCUCCAUGCCAUGGGUUCGAAACCUUCGCCGGUACGUCGGAUCCGGCGCUGGCCUCGGCUCUGAAGCCCUCAUGGAGCUGGAAACAAAGAGGAUAUUGCUGGAGAUUUUCAAAGAGCGACAAAAGAAAAAUGCUGAAUCAGGCUCAAUUCCUAGCUUCUAUAAAAAGAAGCCUGAAGAGGGAUCAAUCAGUCAUAGGGUUCAGCGAUUGGCAAAAUGUAGAUUCUUGAAGAAGCAAUCAGAACUUUUACUUAAUGCUGAUGACCUGGAUGCCAUGUGGGUUUGCUUAAGGGAAAAUUGUGUUAUUGACGAUGCGACUGGAGCUGAAAAGAUGAACUAUGAAGAUUUCUGUCACAUUGCCUCUCUUUGCACGGAGCAAAUUGGUGCUAAGUGCAGAAGAUUCUUUAGCCCUUCAAACUUCAUGAAGUUUGAAAAGGAUGAAGCUGGCAGAAUUGCCAUCCUGCCUUUCUAUCUAUAUGUGAUGCGAACGGUUUCACUUACCCAGGCAAGAAUUGAUAUGAGUGAGCUUGAUGAGGAUUCUGAUGGUUUUCUUCAACCUCAUGAAAUGGAGUCUUAUAUAAAAGGCCUUAUUCCUAAUUUGGCACAACUUCGUGAUAUGCUUGAAGCCUUUAUUCAGAUGUAUUGUCGCAUAGCUGCACGGAAAUUCUUCUUCUUUUGUGAUCCUCAUAGGCGAGGAAAAGCAUGCAUAAAAAAGGUGCUGCUUAGCAAUUGUCUCCAGGAGCUCAUGGAACUUCACCAGGAAAGUGAAGAGGAAGUUCCUGACACAGAGCAGGCAGAAAAUUGGUUUUCAUUAACUUCUGCUCAGAGGAUAUGUGAUAUGUAUAUUGCCCUGGAUAAAGACAAGAAUGGAACUCUGAGUAAGCAAGAGCUCAAAGAAUAUGCUGAUGCAACACUAACUGAAAUCUUUAUUGAGAGAGUUUUUGAUGAACAUGUACGUCGAAGCAAAGCUGGAGGUGUUAAUACUCGUGAGAUGGACUUUGAAAGCUUUCUGGAUUUUGUUUUAGCCCUGGAAAACAAGGACACACCUGAAGGAUUAACAUACUUAUUCAAAUGUCUUGAUCUUCAAGGGCGGGGCUAUCUUACCACUGCUGAUAUUCAUAUGCUCUUCAGAGAUGUUCACCACAAGUGGAUCGAGGGUGGGAACUACGAGUUGUGUAUUGAAGAUGUGAGAGAUGAAAUCUGGGACAUGGUCAAACCGGCUGAUCCUCUUAGGAUCACCCUUGCUGACCUUCUCACCUGUAAGCAAGGUGGUACAGUUGCUAGCAUGCUCAUGGAUGUACGCGGUUUUUGGGCCCAUGACAACAGGGAAAACCUACUCCAGGAAGAAGAAGAACCAGAGGAAGAAUAAUUUUCAUAACCGGACUAAUCCAGUUUACCUGCUGGAAUGUAAGUUUAAGUUGUAAUACCAUGACUACAUGAAUUGAUUAUCUUGCGACCUUUUUUUAAAAUACUAAUUUCGAAGUGGUCGUAAUGCUGCUGGCAGUUUGUGUUGUUCUUGUUCCAAAAAAGAUGGACUUGUGAUAAAAUUGUUAAGGCUUCCCCUGUUUCUCUUAGAACAAACAAUUCAUGUCGGCAUUAUGGAAUUUCUUGUGCAUCUCAUGGCAUGUUCACAAUUAUUAUUA